UCAAAAUAAAAGAGAUGAAUUGGAAGUUAGGUUUGCUAAUUGGUUUGAUGCUCCUCUUGUCUAUUACACUAAACCCAACUUUGGCCAGAGUAACUUACCCAUCUCGCACGACAAAAAAAGGGGUUGGAAAUAUACAUCUCAACAAAGGAAUGAAGAUCGGCUUUAAAGGGAGUGUUUCUAGAUCUUCUCAUCAUGGAAACGAUCCACCUAAUCAUUUAUAAUUGUGACAUGUAAUCAUCUUUCAUAUCGGUAAAUCCUUUCCUAUAGCUUUUGAUUUCUUAUAAUUCUGUAAAAUGUUGUUUCAUUGCGUCAUAUUGCUCCAAAUGAUGUAUUGUAAAGAAAAUAAAAGAGAGGUGAAUAUCAUUCA